AUGACGUCCCAAUACUCUACCCGCCUCAUUGGCGCUCCAAACACCCUGGAGCACCGUGUGUUCAUCGAGCAGAACGGCAACGUCGUCUCCCCCUGGCACGACAUCCCCCUCUUCGCUGACCAGAACAAUGGCAUCCUCAAUAUGAUCGUCGAGGUCCCUCGCUGGACCAACGCCAAGAUGGAGAUUUCCAAGGAGGAGUCCUUCAACCCCAUCAAGCAGGACAUCAAGAGAGGCCGUUUGCGCUUCGUCCGCAACUGCUUUCCCCACCACGGCUACAUCUGGAACUACGGUGCAUUCCCUCAGACCUGGGAGGACCCCUCGCAGACGCACGCCGAGACCAAGGCGAACGGUGACAACGACCCGCUCGAUGUGUGCGAGGUCGGCGAGCAGGUCGGCUACGUCGGGCAGGUCAAGCAGGUCAAGGUGCUCGGCAUCAUGGCGCUGCUUGACGAGGGUGAGACGGACUGGAAGGUGCUCGUCGUCGACGUGCAGGACCCGCUCGCGUCCAAGCUGAACGACAUCGAGGAUGUCGAGCGCCACCUCCCCGGUCUCGUGCGCGCGACGAACGAGUGGUUCCGCAUCUACAAGAUCCCCGACGGCAAGCCCGAGAACCAGUUCGCGUUCUCCGGCGAGGCCAAGAACAAGAAGUACGCGACGGAGAUCAUUCACGAGUGCCACGAGGCCUGGCGCCGCCUCGUCAGCGGCGAGAGCCCCGCCAAGACGCCCUCGUAUGACCUUUCCAUCCGCAACCUGACGAUCCCGAACUCGCCUGGUCACGUCAGCAAGAACGACCCUGCGUACACGGGUCUCCCCACGGACUCGAGGAAGCCGCCUGGGCCGAUCGACCCUGCCAUUUCCAAGUGGUUCUACAUCUCGUCUGCUCAGGUAUAA